UUUAUUUUGUCGAUAUAAUGAAUAGAAAGUUCAGACAUCUAUUUGAAAAGGUAGGGAGUAAAAGUAAAAAGCCGUCAAGAAAAUAAAUACUCAACUAGAUAACAGCUAAUUGGGAAAAAAAAUGAAAUGCAAGUUCUACAAGCAAAGUGUUUGCUCAUUGUUACUCGCCAUCAACUAGGCGUCUCCUAAAAAAACAAAUCCCAGCAUCCCAGUUGAUGCCAGGACGACAAACUUGCAAGUGGAGGCGGCGGGGUGGGCUGGGGAGAAAAAUCAUCAUCAUCAUCUCAAUCCCACCACAGAGCGGGCGAGGAGGAGGAUGAAGAGGAGGCGGGGCCAGGCCAGUGAGAUAGUGACGACGCACUCAGCAGGUGCCUCAAGUGGGAGGUCGCCCAGACCGACGAUGGAGAAGAGCCACUGAGCGCACAAGACAUCCGCACACAAGGCGCUGCACAACAAACAGCCCCUGCGUUUUCCUGUGGUCCAGCUUGUGCUCUUCACCCCGGCCACCAUGUUGCUUUGCUCCGUGCUGCUCGGAGCCAGCCUGCUCAUCCUGGCCCCCAUGGGGACGCCUCAGGCUCGCGCACUUCACCCUUCCCCUGGGAGUGCUCAGUUAAUGGAGCAGCUCCUGGAUCGCUAUAACGACCUGCUGACCUUCGAUGACCUGGAGAACCUUCUGAGCACUCCGGCCGAGGAGCAGUCCACCUUGUCCUCUGGAGCCAAAGCGUCCGAGUUUCCUGGCAAAUGGGCGGACGUCCAGCCGGAGACGCCCUGGCUCCGCCUCCUGCGGGGUGCCCUGGCCAAUCAGAAACCUGUGGAGUCGGAGCGCUCGCGGAGGGGGUGGAACCGAGGUUGCUUCGGCCUCAAGCUGGACCGGAUCGGGUCUAUGAGCGGAUUGGGUUGUUAGUCGACAGACUGGUGUCAUCCUUGUGGGACAGCGAGGAAGGUCAAGGGUGUUUGCGCGUUAGUCACCGUGCUGUUGUCGGCGUUAGCUUCCAGCGUCUUUGUAGCUGUUUCAUCGUUGCGCUGUCGUAUUUCACUAUUUCAAAAUAUCUUGAACAUCCAGCAGCAUUUUUUCCCCCCAUUGCGAUUGUAAUGGCCCAUCGUUGUGGUGUGUUGGAAUCCUUGUGCCAAGUACAAGUUGUAGAAUUGUCCGGCCCAUCAUGUCUACACCUCCUCUUCUGAUUUACACCAAUAAAUAGAUUUGACCUUUGU